UUUCCGGUGGAGCAGCCGAGGAGCAGCUGUAGCCGAGAGGAUUCGGGCUGGGAGGGGAGCGCUGAGGUAGCUCCGCUGGCCGCCGCCUCGACCGCAGUCCGAGCCCGCCGCCGCGCGCCCGCAGCGAGCCAUGGCGUCUGGCAGCACCGCCAGCGAGGAGGAGCGCAGCCUCCGGGAAUGCGAGCUCUACGUGCAGAAGCACAACAUCCAGGCCCUGCUCAAGGACUCCAUCGUGCAGUUGUGCACCGCGCGGCCCGAGAGGCCCAUGGCAUUCCUCAGGGAAUACUUCGAGAGGUUGGAGAAGGAGGAGGCAAAACAGAUCCAGACUCUGCAGAAAGCGAGCUCUCGUGCAGACUCCAGGGAGGAUGAAAUCUCUCCUCCUCCACCCAACCCAGCGGUAAAGGGCCGGAGGCGACGAGGUGCCAUCAGUGCCGAGGUCUACACGGAGGAAGAUGCUGCAUCCUACGUGAGGAAGGUUAUACCAAAAGAUUAUAAGACAAUGGCUGCUUUGGCCAAAGCCAUUGAAAAGAAUGUACUGUUUUCACAUCUUGAUGAUAAUGAGAGAAGUGAUAUUUUUGAUGCCAUGUUUCCGGUUUCCUUUAUUGCUGGAGAGACUGUUAUUCAGCAAGGUGAUGAAGGGGACAACUUCUAUGUGAUUGAUCAAGGAGAGAUGGAUGUCUAUGUCAACAAUGAGUGGGCAACCAGUGUUGGGGAAGGAGGGAGCUUUGGGGAGCUUGCUUUGAUUUAUGGAACACCUAGAGCAGCCACUGUCAAGGCAAAGACAAAUGUGAAAUUGUGGGGUAUCGACCGAGACAGCUAUAGAAGAAUCCUUAUGGGAAGCACGCUGAGAAAGCGCAAGAUGUAUGAGGAGUUUCUUAGUAAAGUGUCUAUUUUAGAAUCUCUGGACAAGUGGGAGCGUCUCACGGUAGCUGAUGCGUUGGAACCAGUGCAGUUUGAAGACGGGCAGAAGAUUGUGGUGCAGGGGGAGCCGGGAGAUGAGUUCUUCAUUAUUUUAGAGGGUUCAGCUGCUGUGCUACAGCGUCGUUCAGAAAAUGAAGAAUUUGUUGAAGUGGGAAGAUUGGGGCCUUCUGAUUAUUUUGGCGAAAUCGCGCUGCUGAUGAAUCGUCCUCGCGCUGCCACCGUGGUUGCCCGUGGCCCACUGAAGUGCGUCAAGCUGGACCGCCCGAGGUUUGAACGUGUUCUUGGCCCGUGCUCGGACAUCCUCAAACGGAACAUCCAGCAGUACAACAGUUUUGUGUCCCUGUCCGUCUGAAACCUGCUUCCCGUGCCUCCCUUUCGCCUCUCCCUGUCCAGGCUUCCCCACGCAGACUGCUCUCUGGCCCCUCUUUGCAGCGCCACGUGGCCAGUGGCAUCGCAGCUUCUUGUCGGUUUCUGUUAAAAGUUGCUCUUAUCGCACAUUUUUAUUUUGGAGCAUAACUGAGCGCUCACACACAGUUAAAUAAAUAGAAGAGUUCUGUGGA